AAUUCGCGACGCGCGAUCGCGCGCUCGACGCGCGUCGCCGCGAACAUGCGCGUCGCGCCCGCGCGCGCGCCGGCGCGCGUCGUCGCGCGCGACGCGCGACGCGCGCGACGGACGAAGGCGCGACGCGCGCUCGAGAGGGGGCGUUCGGAAAGCGGUUUCGACGCGCGCGCGACGCGACGCGCGACGAUCGGCGACGACGCGGCGCGCGCGCGCGUUGAAGACGCGAUGCGCGCGGCGCGCGCGACGCGCGCAUCGCGAUGGCUCGACGCUUGGAACGCGCGGGACGGGUCGAGCGCGACGACGCGCGGGACGAGGACGCGCGCGAGCGACGCGCGAACGACGAGCGUUCGGGACGAGGACGUCGAAGCGAUGGAGGGCGAGGACGCGUCCGCGGUGGUGGUGGAUGAUGGUGCGAACGGUGACGCCGGCGCGAGCGAGGCGUCGACGAGCGAGUCGGUGGACGAGGACGCGGAGGGACGAGAGGCGAAGAAGUCGACGGCGGACCGCGGGCUCGGACAAAGGCGAGCGUUGAGCGCGGAGACGCGGUCGCGACCGUUUGUGCCGUUGAAGGGUGAAGUUCUACACAUAGCGUGGUAUCGCGAGUACGAUGAAACCGGGAAGUUCACGCGCGAGGAAGGGUUGGCGUAUCGCGAGUGCAUCGAGCAACUCUUGGCGCACUACACCAUGCCGAAGGAGCUCGUGGAAGAAACGCUCGACGGUAUCGAACGCGGUUGGUCCGACGUCACGCUGAAUCUUGGCUCUGGGUUCAACUUACGCAUGCAAAGGCACACGGAAUUCGAGACGAUCACGCUGAGCGGUCCGGGGAACAUGAAGGCGUCGCUCGGAACGCGCAUCACGCCGUGGCAGUGGUUGUUACCGCACGAUUGGUUGGCUGACAUUCCGGGCAAGGUUUUCUUGGUGAAUCACGCGGUAUUUAGACAGCUUUCGCAGCCAUCGCGAAGCGAAGAGCCGACGCUGAAAGAAUUGAACGCCAUUCGCAAAGCGCUCGGAUCGACGCUGUACGAGGACAAGGUCAACGCGUCGAUGGACGAGGAAGACGCGGUAUUGGAAUGGGACGCCGGCUCGCUCGUGGGAUGUGGCAUAGGCGAUGGGAGUCGCAUGUUUGCCAACUAUGAGCUCGAUGAUUCGGGCGCGAUGACCACGCUCGUGGUCGUGCCCCCGGGAGACAGCACGUUUAUUCGCGCGGGGCGACAGUUGCAACGCUUCUUCGCCCUCGAGCAAUAUCGACUCAUGAUUCUGCAACGUUUACCCAUGGCCAAGUCCAAGUUCCCACUUCUAGCCGGCUUGAACGAGCGGUACGAAACGCUAUCGCGCGAGCUGCGCCGAUCGAAAGCCACUGCGCGCGGGCACAAAGACCAGCAAGAGUUUGUGACGCAAAUCACCGAACUCGAGCAAGCCAUCACGCAGCUCGUGACGCGAACGAAGCUCGUCGCCCUCACGACGGCGUCGUAUCUCGAGAUCAUCGAGCUUCGCCUAGCAGAAGCCAGUUUCACGCGUCUCGGGUACGAGAUUCGCUUCUUACCGCUCUUCGUCAAGAAGCGCAUCGACCCGGCGGUGAGCACCAUCUACGCCGUCGCCGAGCAAGCGAAAAUUCUCAGCGACGCCCUCGAGCGCACCACUUCCCUCGUCCAAGCAUCCGUGGAAGUGCGCUUACAGCGCAUCAACGAACGCAUCGCGACGUACGGUCUUCUGUUCACCAUAGUCAGCGUCCUCGUGAGUUUCACGACGAGCAUUCAGCCAAACGGUUCGCUGCACUGGCUCUUCGUCCUCGUCAAGGCGAAAUUCUUUUCGUGCGUGGCUUUCGGCGCCAAGCUCUGCGCCUCGGGGCCGUGAUCGCGAUCGCGCGCAUCAAUGUUCAUCAUCGCGACGUCGGCCCGCGUCGGCG